ACCACAGAGUACCGCAGUAAACUCUUAAAAGCAGAAGGCCUGAUUAAUAAGCUUGCCUCAACCAAGAGUCAUUAGGAACGAGCAGGCUGGGAGAGUGAAAGAAAAUGGAAUUCAAACCACAGGAAGUAAAUUUCAAUAAAUCACCAGAACUUGACAACUUUUGGGAAGGCAAAAGGCCUUUUCUCAGCUGCCUGUCUCCACAGUACACAGCCAGCCGAUGCGAUAGGGAGCAGGGAGAAAGAGGGAGGCAGACCCAGAGAAGAUCCCAAACCAGAACGCCAAUUCUGAGCACAAACUGGAACUACAAACUGGGAUCAUUUUGAAACCGGGCAGCUGAGUCGAGUGGGAUUGUUUUACGGCACAGCUUGAGAAUACAACAAAACAGCACUUCCUGGACCUGCGAUGGAAGCAGUUUGACGGUUAAAUGAUCAUUUGGACUCUCUUUGCACAGCGCAGAUAUAAAACUGCAAACAGCGGGGAAAAAAUGGAUUCGAUUUUAACUCCAGAUGUUGUACCUUUUUUGCGGGCAGUACCCUAGUGUGCAGUGAUAGCGAAACCUUUUUAAAAUACUGGAUUCAGUUAAUAUUACUGUUUUGCGGGUAUUUACCCUGAUUCCAGCUGACUCCAUUAUCCACACUUUCCAGUUAACAAGGGAAUCCCGAGCUCUUUCCGGCGAGGUGCAGCGAGGUCAACGCUUCGUCAGGGUUAGAAAUGGCCAGUUUGGGAUUGGAAGUCGUCCCACGGGACCGCUCGCUCUGACCGGCUGCCCAAAGGACUCCUAUAAACCUCCACUGGCUUGCGUUGUCUUGGGUGUGCUCGGAGAGGCGGAGAGAGAAGUCCCGGGCCGCGGCGCAGAGCCGGAGAGGCAGGGAGAGCGAGAUGUUCACAGAGCUGGCACUGCAGCUGCCCCUGCCCCACAGCACUGCCCUCCACCUGGACAAGGCGUCCAUCGUGAGACUGACCCUGAGCUACCUGCGACUGCGAGCCCUGCUGGACACAGCAGGUGCAGGCGAUCGCAAGGCGGACAGUGAGGACAGAGACACAGUCCCGGGGGCGUCAAUAGAGGGGUUCCUGCUGCUCAUCUCCCAGAGCGGCCACAUCGUGUACACCUCCGAGGCCGUGGCCAGCCACGUGGGCAUCCACCAGAUGGAGCUUAUCGGGCAGAGUGUUUUUGAGUUCAUCCACCCCUGUGACCAGGACGAAAUGAACGAGGCUCUGAACUCUAAGCAAGAGCCCUCAGUGGUGGGGAGAAGGCGGGACUGUGACUUCUUCCUGAGAAUGAAGUGCACUCUGACCAAUCAGGGCCGCACUGUCAACCUCAAAUCAGCUUCCUGGAAAGUCCUGCACUGCACAGGCCACUUGAAGCUGCCCUGCCCCUCACAGACCCCCUACGGGACCCCCAAGGGCUGCCUGGUCCUGCUUUGUGAGCCCGUGCCGGUCCCCAGCAGCAGUGACUGCAGCCUGAACCCCAACACCUUCCUGACUCGACACAGCAUGGACAUGAGCUUCACCUACUGCCACCCUAGGGUGAAGGAUUUGCUGGGUUAUGAGGAAGGUGAGCUGCUGGGACGCUCAGUGUAUGAGUUCUGCCACGCUGUGGACACGGACCACGUCAGGAGGACUCACCACAGCCUGCUCAGUAAAGGCCAGUCCUCCACCGGUCUCUACCGUCUCCUGGCCAAAAGGGGCGGCUACGUGUGGGUGCAGACCGACGCAGCGGUCAUCUACGACAGCCGGAGCGGUCAGCCACAGAGCGUGAUCUGUGUCAACUACAUCCUGAGUGGUCGGGAGGAAUCGGAGGUGAUUUUCUCAUUGGAGCAGACAGAGUCUCUUCUCAAGCCCCGCCCCUCCGUCGCCACGGCAACACCCGACGACGCCCACCUGCUCUUCACCGAGCUGUGGGAGGAGCCCGAUGAGCUGGCACGACUGGCACCCGAGCCUGGCGAUGACAUCAUAGCGCUGGACUUCGAGAGCAGCGACAGGGAGUUGGAGCGGUUUGAUGUCCUCCCGGUCUACUGGGCUCCCCUGGGGUACGGGGCAGAGCGUUGUGGGACACAGACCUCCUCCCCAACCCCCUUCAGGGGGUACCCCAACCAGGGGUCCUGCGAGACGUCAACAGAAAGCUGCAAGGUCACUUCCUUUUCUGAUUCCGAACCCCCAGAGGAGAACCCACACAGCCAGCCGGUCCUGCUGAUAGAACCCAUGUUUGAGCCGAGGGAGCAGAACCAGGAUAAGAGCCAGGAGGACUUGAGUAAGCUGGACUUGGAGACCCUGGCUCCAUAUAUCCCUAUGGACGAUGAAGACUUCCAGCUGACCCCCAUCAGUGAGGGGGCAGAGGAGUGGGGUUCGGGGCAGGGGGAGGUGGGGGAGGCCAGCUGCUUCACUCUCCCCUCCCUGGAGCUGAGAGAAGAGCGGUACACAGCCCCCACCUUUCAGGGGACCAACCUACCCAAACACCCCAGUUUCGGGGGCCCCCUCUGCCCCCAGGUUCCCCCCAGAAGUCAGCAGCGAGGGGUGCUGUGGCCCUCUGACCCCCCUUUCAGCAGGGCUAUCAAUGGGACCCCCCAGCGCCCAAACUGGCUUCAGCAGACCCCCUGUUCUGCAAGGACCUCUACAAAUAUCACACUACAAGAAACCAGGAACACAUUGGAGGAGUACUUCCAUGGAAACAGUUGUCGGGUGAACGGAACACUCAGCCUUAGCAACAGCCUGAAGAGGAGACCGCAGAGUUCUGUGUUCCAGUCCAGCCAGUCGAACACAGAGUGCACUUGUGAACAUCUGGGGGAACCAAUCCACUGGAAGAGAAUCAAACUCCCUCUGAGGACCAAUCAAAACACCGCCUGCAUUCCACAGACAGAGGGAGACGCCUGCUGGUGGAGCUCAGGUCAGACCCCUUGUCAUUGGCAGACAGAUCAGAGAGGCACCGUGCCCUGGGGGCCGUGGGCAGGAGCAGCUACAGCGGGCACGGCUGACCACUGCAGUGCCACCCAGCCACCAGACCCCACUCCCUGGAAACCAGAGCUGUCCUCCUGUCUGCUGUCCAGUCCUGCUGACCGCUCUGUGCUGCCGGUGCUGACCCGCUGGGAGUGCGAGGUCAACGCCCCUCUGACCGCUGCGUCCCGCCUGCUUCACGGGUCCGAGAUCCUCAGAGUGCUGGACCAGCUGUGUCCAGACUGACCACCGAGAUGGCGUGAAUCACCACGGCAGCGUCAGGACCACCAAACAAUACCACUGGACGUGCUGGAAGACCGAGCAACACUUCUUCCAAAAUAAUAAGCAGUAUACGUGUUUAGCAUCAUGUAGUAUUUCAAUCCUAUAGUAUAUCGGUGUGCCGGGGGUAAGAGUGCAGUCUUACCUUAUAAAAGUUUACAAUGGUAAAUGUGCAUGGUAAUUCUGCAGUUUUCCCCAAUGCAUUUACCACACUUUAACAUUGUUUACCAUUGUAUGCUUUACUAUACCUCUCUAGGCUUUACCAUGAUUUCACUAUGCCUCAUCCAUUGUGCUUUUGCUAUGGUGGACUUGAAGCAUGGAGAUUCCUAACUGCCAGCCCCACCUCCUCUCUGUUCUGUAUGCACGUGGUGUAGGUGGGGUUGGGAGAGUUAAACGCUCACAUGGUCAUAUGAAUUGAAAUGAGAAAGGAUGUUCAGUCCUGGCAGUUAGGAUUCUCCAGACCAGAUCAAAGCAGCUCUAAGGCAGGUACAGGCAGGGUUAGAGAAAAAUGAUAAGAGAUUAAUAAUGGAGCAACAGAACUCAGAAUUAGGACCACAAGAGAAUAGUAGGGAAAUAUAUAAAAAAAUAAAUUAAAAAAGAA